AUGGGUCAAGGUGACAGCAAGCCAACGAAUCAACAACAUCAACAACAUCAACAACAACAACAUCAACAACCACAACAGAAUGGUAGUAAUAGUAAUCUUAGAUCAUCAUUAAAUAAUAACAACCUACAUCAAUCAGUCGGCAAACUAAACACAAGUUAUACAUCAUCAGACGACGAUGACAUUACAUCACAAUCAUCAUCAACCAGUCUAAUCUAUCAGAAUAUACCAUAUACAAGUUAUUCAUAUGAUCGACUGGGAUCGGCCAGACCAUUACAAACUAGUAAGGAUGGUAGUCUGUCCAACUCAAACAGCAACUCUAGCAACAACCUGCUGAGUGCACCAGCUUCAUCAUCAUCGACAACGGCCUCUGCCUCCACCAACACAACGAACGAAAUCAUCACCCUGUCCAAGGUUGAGCAAAAGGAUGAGAAGGAUCAAGAGCUAGAGAAACUGGCGAGACUGCCCAAUUUCCUGCCACUGAUAAAUGAGAAUGAUGAAUCAUGGUUCACAUCAGAGGGCAAUGUGCUGACGAUUGACUCGAUGGAUAAUAGAGGCGCAGUCAAUAUAAGCAUUGAUAUACAGAACUAUUUGAAGAACUCAACGGGCUAUAUCCAGGAGAAGCAGAAGGAGAUUAUGCUGCGGAUGCGUGAUGUGGAGUUCCGCCAGUCGGCAAAGCUGGCCAAUGUCAUGUCGGCCAAGGUCAGCGACGCCACUCACGCCCAGUUUGGCUUCAAGGAGGUGCUGGACAAAGUCAGGACAAACGUUGCCAAGACCAGGGACACUGUUCAUAGGAUUGGAGAUUUGAUCGAGGCUCUCGAGUCAACACUGCCGCCAGACGAGCGAGAGAACUUCAAACAAGAGAUAAUGGCCAUAUUGCCGUCACCGCCAGCAUCACCAUCGUCUACUACUACUGCUGCCAACAUUGCGGUGGCCAAGCCAUGA